AUGCAUUCGGAAUAUCCAAUAUAGCAAAAAUUUAACCAAAAAUAAUGUACAAAUAAUUAUGAUAAAUAAUUACAUAUAUAGACUAAUUUAAAUCCUUCUUCUUAAUUUGCACUAAAAAGUACAGAUUAAAUAUACAAUUAGCAUAGCCAACAAAAAUAAUCUUAAAACACAUACUAAGAACAAUAAUUAGAUACCAAAACACCAUAAAACUAAACACAAAAACAUAUCUAAAAUAAAACUAAAAAAAAUAAUAAUAAUAUAAUAAAUGAGAACAUAAACUUAAACAUUACCAACAAAUUUAAAGAAAAUAAAUAAUAAUAGCAUUAUUUUAUUUAUUCAGUUCCUUAAUUAAUAUAACCAGCACCUCUUGAUUGCAUUAUACAAGAAGAUGAAGAAUUAGGAGGAUUAUAUUUAGGAAAUUUAGAUGCAGCAUUAGAUACUGAUAUUUUGAAAAAACAUAAAAUAAGGGCUGUGUUGACUACUUCAAUUGAAACUGGAUUCAGAUAUGCGGAGGAAGCAAUACAUUUUCAUGAAUCUUUACCAGCACAUGAUAAAGUAGGAUAUGAUAUUACAUUGCACUUUGAAAACGGAAUAGAGUUUAUUGAUAGACAUAGGAAAUAUACAAAUGUUUUAGUUCAUUGUUUUGCUGGAGUAUCGAGAAGCGCUUCAAUAUAAUUAGAAUUCUGUUGCGAUUGA